AUGGGCGUGGAACUGGAACGCUUUUCGUUUGAGGCAUUGAAGCCUGCCUUACUCCAGGAAAAUGUCGAAAACAACUCCAAAACUGCCGACGCGCUAAACGCUCAGCUAUCUUUCCUUACUGAGUUUCUACUAGCCCUGGAUGCAAAAGAUAUACUUCCCGAAGACGCCAGUUUUCUUCUGGAUCAGUUGAAUCUCUUAGUGGAUCAUUAUAAAGAGACUUUCACCAAGGAUGGUGAGGAAAUACUGCAAUUGACCAGGCCGAUCAUCAGACUCCUAUCUAAGGCCUAUGCAGUGGUCUUUCAAACUCUUCUCGAAACUGGAAACAGCAAGUUCAGUAUUAAAUUGAUCGAUCUGAGCACAAAUCUGAGUGAAAUUUUGUUGAAAAACGUCAAGAAGUUAUCUUUGAAAACCAAUUGGUAUUCCACCCUGAAGCAUAUGGCCACCAUCAUCCUGCAGUUUAUCUUCACACGUUUCAAUGGGUUUCUGAAUUCAUUCAAGGCGUCGAUUCUCAAUUCUCUUUAUAAGCAUUUGUCCAAGUGCUAUGACAAUUACAAUUCCAGCGUGGAACACUCCAGAUUCAAUGCUAGUUAUUUUUGUGAUCUUCUAUUGCUGAUUGACAUCAUUCUUGCCAACGACACUGGAAGCAAUGUGUUGGAUGACAAGCUCCUGAACAGACUCGUGAAACUAUCCAAGAACAUAACCGCCAAGCACAACUCAAACCUUUCAAUCCCUUCCAAAGAGGGUUACACCUUUCCAAUUCUCAGUGUUGUGUUUGCGAACAACUACUUGGUUCACCUUCUGAAAUCAGACAGGUUUAUUUCAGCGAUCCCGAAAUCUUCAAGAACAGCGAAGACAGGAAGCUAUCUAAAUUACACCACCUCCUAUUUGCAUCGUUAUGUGGAUGCCAUGGAUACCUCCUACAAGAAGCUGAGAUUAUCUCUUGCAAAGAACCUUGCCGAUUUGCUGAUCUUCAACUACAUAUCCUAUGGAGUGAAUACGAAUGAUGCUUCUGGAUCUCUUGACAUGACUCUCGAGUUCAUAUUCGAUGGUUUCCUGAAGAACUCGCACAGUCCAAGGAUACGUGUUGGUUUGCUCGAAACGUUCUCGACGUUUGUGUUAAAGAUGAACCUAUAUCACCAAACUAACAGCAUCUCCACAGGCACUCAACAAGGAAACAACUUUGCCAGUGUGAGUUUCUUCAAGAUCUUCAAUUUCAUUCAGUCUACACUAUUUCUUUCUGAAGGCGAAGCAGUCACAGAGAAUAGUCUCGCUUCUCACAAGAUAGCCCGGAAUUCAAAUUUCAACGAGGCUUUAACUUUGCUCGACCAACUGGAGUCGUUGUAUAAGUUGCUACUGCGUGAGGUUGAUUGCGACAUCAACAAGCUUAUAAUUUUGAGCAAGCUCCUGCUGGGCGAUGUGGAUGCGAAUUCUGACUUGAACGUGCAAUAUCUUGAUGAUCUCUCCAACCCUUUCCGCGUGCUUUCCGCACUGAAGCUUGCACAACUGCUGAUAAAGGACCUGGAUCAGUACAUAUUGUCACAACAGGAGGGAUUCUUUGAUGGAAGUUCGGACUUGGUCACUGCUGCUUCGCAAAAGCUGUUUCAUCUUUGCAAAGUUUCAAACUUUGAAAUUCGCGUGACUGCCACCGAAACGCUUUCGUUGCUCAUAAAGGUAAAACCUGAGCUGACUUUUGGUAUUCUGAACGAUUCUUUGGGAAGUCUGAUACGCUCCCUGGAUGACUCAUCCAAUGAUAACAGUUUUGUAUUUAACGAGAACCAGGGACUGGCGUUUCUUAUCUCAACGAUACUCACAAGGGCACCAAAGGAUUAUAUCAACUCUGAUUUCAUCUUGCGAGUCUUCUCCACAACCACAAACUUUCUGAAGAAGUUCAACUCCACAGUUAUCACGAAUAAUGUACUCAGCACAAGUUCUGGCAGCUUUAUCUCGAAUACUGGUUAUGACAAACAACUAAUCAGUUGGAUCAUGCUAAUGGGUCUAUUCAACUUUGCUUCAACCGGCCCCUCCAACAGCAGCUUUUUCCUUAUGGAAUCCUCUCUAUUCUUGAAUAUUUGGAAGACCCUACUUGGACAUACUAUCCCGUCGACCUUUGUGAAAGUUUCGCCCAACAAUCAAAUUAGCAAUCUGAAUGAAAUAAUGAAACUGGUGGAGAUAAAAAACCAUUCCCUUGCUUGUUUGCUGAGCUAUAUCAACUACCUCGCUUCUACAAAAAACACGAGCGCCCUUGCGACUCACUUGAGUGGCCAGGCUAGCAUUAGCUUGCUGACACCUGAGUUGGCAAAGCAAUUGAAUCAGAUUUUGAACAAAAGUUUCACUUUUGUGGGUAAUUUGGAGAGCCAGGUUGGAAAGGCAGAGGUGCCAGGGUUGACUGACCAACUCAAAGUCACGAAACUACGCAUGCUGCAGAGUUUGUUGAAACUGCUUCCUUACAUGAAUAUCAGAAGCGAGUUCAACUCCUCGCUGUUGAUCCAAAUUGUGAACACAUUCAGUGAUCCCAAGGUUUAUUCUUACGUUUUGAAGGCCGAAGCAACCAAAUUUCACAAAACGAAAAAGAGAGCGGAUAGCUCGGAGGAGGAUGAGUUGGAGAUUUAUGGAAUAAACGACGGUCUCACGUUUGGCCUUACCAGCAAAAUGAACAUGUUCAAAGUUGACGAGCUAAUGGUCAAGGCUACUGACCUGGAGAAGCAAUCGGAAAUUGAUGAUUAUGAACUGGACUAUUUGCCAUCUCCCUUCUCCAAUUCAUCCGUCAUUGCGAUAGAGUCUUACCGCACGCGAAGCCACCUUGCUUCAGUAACAGACUUUGACGAAUACUUUGAGAACAAGCUUUUCCAGCCUAUCCAGCACAGUAUGCUACUGGACUACCUUAUGGUGUUGGUUCAGAACUCAGACGUAUACGGCUAUACUGACGUGCAUAACGCCCCUGUUAGCAUUGAUACGAUGUCCGUGGAUGUUUGCAUUGAGCUGUUUGCCAUCACUUUCCCAAGCAUUCCCUUGAAGAUUCAACAGUCCAUAUUGGAGACCCUGCGUGCUCCUAUCUUUUAUGCCAACAAAGGCUCACUGAAGAAUGAAAGUGCCUCAGAAAGUACCACUGAAGGGGUUAACCUCAGGAGACAGGCCGCCUCAAUUAAUACAGCCGUUGCAAUUCAUGGCAUGCUGAAUUAUAUGAGCAAUCACAACAACAGUACCUCUUCGAAGAGUAAGCUUUAUCUCCCCAAAGUGAUAGUCUCAGUCCUGGUGGACACUUUGCACUUGAUGAAGAGGAAGGAUCAUUUCAUGCUAGCACUAAACUCGGAAAGUAUAGGACUCUGUUGUUCCCUGCUGUCGGACAGUGAAAAAGACUUUGUGAGUCAACAGACUGCAAUUUUGAUCAACAAAAUUGUCGAAGACAAUGAUCCAUAUUCCAGGUCUUUUCAUGUGCAAUCACUGGCGAAGAUUUGCGAGUUCGGAAACGUUGCUAAUCCCUCUUCAAUUGUCAAUGUCGCAUUCAGUUUGAUUGCCGAUCCACAUCCAAUAGUGCACCAAUGGUCAAUGGAUGCUUUGGUUACAAUAUUGGGUAGUCAAACUCAAUUUGAGUUUGGAACUGCCAUAUGCUCAAAAGUGCUGUCGCAUCUUGUGAGAAUGAGUGUGAAGGAUGAGUUCGGUCUUUCGUCAAAGGUGACCAUUUUCUCCAAUAUGAGCUUUGACAGCAAGUACUAUUCCAGCAACUCACUGGCUAGAAUGGUAAGGUCUGUGGUGAACGUUCUCGGACCAACAGUUGUUCUCCUUGACGAGACAAGUAAGAAAAACCUGUCAUUUCUCCUGUUUGGACUGAUGUAUAUGGAGAACAAUGAUUUUGAAAUCAUUCUCCGUGAAUUGAUCAAGACGUUGGAAGAGCUGCAAGUGUUUGACAAAAGUUUGGUGUCAAACGAUCAAUAUGCCAAGUUGCUGAAGUUUGCCAUAGUGAACAAUUUCAGAACAGGAUUCUACAACAACUCGAUGUCUUUCCUUCCUCUUGACGACCAGUAUGCCUCAGGAAUAAGUUCUACCUCUGAGUUCUACCCAGUGAGCACAAGUCGCCUGAACUGGGGUAUUGCAGUCAAUACCUACCAUCAGAUGCUCAAACUGCAUCCAAAUGGCAGCUACUCUUCUGAGGUGUUCACUGAAGAUGUUCAGAAACUACUGUGGAUAUGUUACGAGUCCGACCCCGAUAAUCGCAGCAUUCAAAGCACCUGUAAUGACUGGCUCGAUUACUCUAUGGGACUGCCAGCUUCAUCAAAGGAGAAGUACUUGUGGUUUGACAAACUGGUUGGAUAUUUCAACAUUCCCAAAGCCGAGUUGUAUGCAGCCUUGUUAGCUGUUUUCAAGAAAAGGAUCAACAACAGUGGAAUGUUCUUUGACCUCAAGAACAGGUCAGCUACCGUUGCCGUGUCCAAAAAGGAGCCAUCAAGCAAGAACGAACAGAACGCCAAUGACGAGGAAGACUCUCAGAGUGGUAACGAUGGAGACUCGGUGCAAGCAGACGACGAGGAGGCUUUAGCUGGAGACGACAGCGUUGCAGUUGUUGAUCAUGGAGAGCAAGAGGAGACAGAUAAGCCUAAGUCCAACGCGUACACAGCAAAUGAUGCAUUGCACCAAAUGGUAGAGAAUGAGCCCACAAGCUGGAAGUUCAAAUUGCGAGUUCUCGGGUUGCUCACGAAGUUACUUCAGUACACCAGGAGAGAUCAGAAACUAAAGUUGUUCAUAUCCACGAAGAUAUCCGAGUUUGUGAGGAUUGCGUUUGUUUGUGCUACAUCCAACAUCAUGUAUCUGAGACUGAGUGGGCUGAAACUUCUAGGCGACAUAAUCGAGAUCUAUGCUGAUAUGAAAGAUCCACUGUACCCAGAGUCAUCUAUCAUGGAUCAGCAGCAGGCUCAAAUGAUCAGCGCAAUUGUGCCUGCAUUUGGAAAAGACUCCAGCCUUGAUUUAGCAGGUGAGGCCAUCGUUAUUGCGAGUAAGCUUGUGACCAGCCACAUAUCACAUAUUACCAAAAUGUCAAGGGUGGUGAAGAUCUUAACAACGUCUUUGGAGGAGUUCUCCUUAUCGGAGAACACAAGCAUUAACGACGACGGGAACGACACCUCGAAUACCAAGACCAUGAAGAUUGGAGAAAUACCAAUCUUGACAUCAAAGAACAAAAAUAAGGUGAAGUUGUCAGUUCUUGAUGCCUGGGCCAAACUGAAGAUCAAUUCAACAGAGAAUGAUGAAGAUCUCAACCAGAUGAUCAGCAAGUAUCUUGGGAUCCUGGUCCCCAUGUGGAUCUAUUCCAUGAGAGAAUUUGCCAUGCUCAAGUUUGGUUCUGAUUUCACUCCAAACUCAACUGAUGACGUUGAGCUGGAAACCUACGAAAACCAUUGGAUCGAUUUCCUUGAAGUUUUGUCGUUGGUACUAAGAGAAGACGAAGAGCAGUUUACAGCCCUCCUUGGAGGAGACAUCUCCAAUUUUGCCUUUGUGCUAUUUGGCCAGUGUAUUGAGUUUCUGGUGAAAUCUUCGUCUAACACGACCAGGAUGAGGGAAGGAGGUGAGAAGCAAAUCAAGGUUCUUGCUUCGUUGAAUAGGUUGCUAAUGCUCGACACAGUUGCCGAGACUAUCUUCAAGGACUCGGUUUUCAUUGAGUUCAUAGACCUGCUCAACAGACUUGUACUGGUCGUCCCGACGGAUGCGGUUUCUCACGUGGUUGAAAUUUCAACGAACGCUUUCAUGGGAUACUUCAAGACUGCUGGAACAAGAACCGUUGAAGAGCUGCAUAAUGACGUCGAUAAGCUGUUCGAACUUCUGAGAGUCAACAUGCAUGUCAUCACCACCGUAUUGCCCAUGGUUGCUGACGGGGAAGUCAACAUAGACAAAGUCCGCCGUUUAUCCGAAACGGACCUGGUUCUCGUCAGAACCUGUUUCUCUGCGUUGGUUGAAAUGAUAGAGAAGUUACCUGAAAUCAUCAAGGUGGAUCUUUACACUUGCUUACUGUUUGUGCUCAAGCUGAUUUAUGAGCUGAACGACUCAGAGUUGAUCACAAUAGCUCUUCCUACGUUGCGUAAGGUCUUUUCCGGAUUGUUGUCAAUCGACAGACCUGAAGUGAUUGAUGCUAUCACCAACUUUUAUUUCGAUCUUAGUCCAGUGAUUUCGAACAGAGAUGACAAGAACACCCUAGUGACGGUGCUGAUUCUUCUGACGUCUUGUCGCGAGAAGCUUGUGCUGACAAAGGAUGAAUCUUCGAAGGUUGCUACGGUAUUUAUUAAUGGACUGGUGUCUUCAGAUCAUCUGGCCCUCACAAUUCAGUCGAUCAAAAACCUGAUCAAUCAGGCUUCAACUAACAAAAACGGGUGCAUUGGUUCUGUGGUGGAGCAACUCAUUCCAAAAUUGAUCAUCCUCUUGGUCAGUACGCUGGAAGGAUCUGCUGAAAAGGCUAUCAGAGACCCAAGAUUGGUUCUCGAAAUGCUGGUCAUUUUCAGCAAGAGCUUGAAAGAAGAAAGUGACAUUGAAAUGUUCUACUCGAUUCUGAUUCCUUUACUUGUAUGGUUUGAUACGGCAUCUGGUGGCUCAUCUGACCCAAUUACAAGAAAGUAUACUCAUUUGAAACUGAUUGACCUUAUUGCGUUCAAUCCAGAGUUGUUCAAGAAAGUCAUCAAUGAUGGUAAUACAUUGAACGCUGAUGGGUCCACACGGUUGGAGAUAUUGGUCAGGUUUGAUGCAUCGUCAGUUCAAGGUGGUGAUGAAAUUGAUGGGAACAGCCAUGCUGCUAGCACAGCGGCUCAUAUUGAAUUGAAAACAUUCGGUUGA